CGAGAACUACGGCUAGAUGUCGCUGUAUACUCGAAAGCGUAUCAGACCAGAUGCGAUCAUUUGACGUUUAUUUUUUUGAGGUUAGUUUCCUAUUGGAGUUAUAUAUGUGAGUUUCGCUCCAGCUCGCUCUCUCGCAAUGAGAGUUCGAAGUUGCGUCAAAUGUUGAUAAUUUUAAGAAACACUUGAUAUACUCUUAGAAGCGCAUUGAAAAGUGCCGCGGUGCGCAUUAAUUGCACGUAACGUAAAAAGUGAUUUUUACAAAUCAUUUCGUCCCGUCUAACCGCGAUUUGCACGUGGAGCCACAUAAGAGUUUUCGUAUUAUUCGUAACACAGUCGCCAAGAUCCUGACAAUUUUUUUUAUCAAUUGUAUUCGCGUACGCGAAUUACACGGGUUACCAUGAAUACGAAGAUGUGUAAUAAGGACGUUCUGCAAGCCGUUAUUCUCGCGGACGAUUUCACCACGAGAUUAACUCCGGCGCAGAAGGUGUUCCCGAGUGUUCUGAUGCCCGUGAUAACCGUACCGCUCCUCGACUACAUGAUCGAAACGCUGAAGAAGUCGAGGGUGCAAGAGGUGUUCCUCUACUGCAGCAGUCACGUGGAUCUGCUGAAGAAAUACACGAAGAAGAAGUUUUACAACAUCACGGUCUCCUUGAUCAUUUCCGACGGCUGCAGAUCCCUCGGAGAUGCUCUGCGAGAUAUCGAUACGAAAGGAUUGAUCAGAGGCUAUUUCAUCCUGAUUCGCGGUACCGUCUUUACCAAUGCGGAUCUUAAAACCCUAUUCAACGCUCAUCGUUUGAAAGCCGAGAAGUAUAAGGGAGCGGCUAUGACUAUGGUGUUACGAAACUGCGGUUCGAUGAAGGAUUCCAGUCUCAACGAGGAAGCGUCUCUAGUUGUAUCGGAUAAGAGCAGCAAUAAAAUUCUGUAUUACACCAAACUGAAGGACAGUGGGAAGAAAGUGAAGCUAGAAUUAAACUGGUUUCUCAAUCAUGACGCAGUGGAAAUUCACUCUUGUUACUUGGACACUCACAUCUACUUGUGUUCGCCAUCUGUUUUACCACUCUUCGCUGAUAACUUUGACUUUCAGACUAUGGAUGAUUUUAUUCGAGGGGUAGUGAUGAACGAGGAAAUUUUGGACUCGAGGAUCUACUGGCAGCAGUUAAGCGCAGAGGAUUAUGCCUUGCCGAUCACGUCGUGGAAGGCUCAUCAUAUACUUACCCAGGACGUUUUGCGUAGAUAUAGUUUUCCGCUAGCACCGAACGCUCUCUCUUUGCUAAAGAACUUUAAGUGCAUGCCGCGGAGUACAUAUAAACACAAAACUGCUACUUUCGCUAAAGGUUGUUCAUUAGAAAAAGAUUGUAUUCUUGGAUCUAAUAGUUCGUUAGGAAAUAAUACUAAAGUUGCGACAUCUGUGAUUUCAGACGAUUGUACUAUAGGCAGUAAUGUUACUAUAUAUGAUUCUUAUAUCUUUUCGAACGUCAGAAUCAAAGAUAAUUGCACUAUUGAGAAUAGUAUCUUAUUUCCGAAUUGCAUUAUCAGGUACGAUAGCAAAAUUAACAAAUGUAUAUUGUGUUCUGGAGUCGACAUUGCUGCUCGCAGUGAAUACGUCGAUACUUUUAUCGAAUCUACAUCUUCCGGUAUUUCCGAGACUAAAAUGUCAAAUGUCGAGGCUAACGACGACUGUAAGAACGCUGAAGAUUGCUCCACCGAGUCGUCCAGCAACGAGGAGGAUCUGGAGUGUGAUUCUCCAAUUCCGGACGACACGAAUAUGUUCUUGUCCGAGGUUAUCGACAGCCUGUUGCGCGGUUAUCAGGAUAAGCUUAAUUGCGAGAACUUAAUUCUAGAGAUAAACUCGUCGAGGUACGCGUACAACGUUACUAUGCGCGAGGUCACGUAUAAUGUCAUUAAAGCGAUUCUCAGUCUGCCACUGCACUACCUUUCCGAAACGAAGACUGCCGUUAGCAAUCAGAAUUAUCAAAAGAAUCUGAAAAUUAUGAUAACCUAUUUUAAUACCAUCAUUCUGAAUUACGUUAAGAACGAGGACGCGCAGGGGGACUGUUUGCGUGCUAUAGAAGACGUCGCUAGUACAACCGACGAGUUACUGCCGUACACGCAACACCUGUUGCAUCAGUUUUACGAUCGCGAUAUACUAUCUGAAGAAAAGAUUUUAGAGUGGUAUGAGUCUACUGGUGAGGACGGGGAUGCGCUUCACAUAAAAGUGAAAAACGCCGUUCAGCCAUUCAUUCAAUGGCUGCGAGAGGCGGAGGAAGAUUCCACUGAGAGCGAUGAUUAAUUUUGUUUUUUUCUAUUAUAACUAUAUGAAUGUAAAAAGAGAUUAAUAUAACACAUGUGAAUAUAUUGCCGACAAAUUUUUGACAAAAA